GGCCGCCUGCAGGAGCUGGAGGCGCUGGAGGAGCGCGUGGAGGGGGCGAGGCAGCAGCUGUUGAACACAGAAGAGCUGGAGCAGCGACUGUCCUCUUUGGAGCUGGCUCAGAUGUUGUCCAAACAGAAGCUGGAGCGAGCCUUUGCUAUGGCUGAACGUAUCGCGACCUCUGAUCCCAUCAGCAAGCUGUCAGCCUUUCAGGCCGAAGUAAAGCAGGCCAUCAGUGAACUGAGAGGAGAUCUCCCCUCCAGGGCUGACCUGGCUGUAGUACAGAGCCAGUUGAAGCAUCUGCAAGCAACAGAGCUGGAGGCACUGAAGCAGGGAAUGGACUGGGUUUUGUCCUCGGGCCCUGUGCUGGAGCAAAGUGUGGCAUCCCUGGGCAGCUCCCUCGCCAGCAACCAGAGAAGAAUGGAAGAGCAUGCCCUCAGCCUGCAGACCCUCCAGCAAAAAACAGAGCACACCCAGGUGACUGAGGAAAGGCUGGAAAAGGACAUUGAUUCCUUGUUUGCCAGGACCUCUGCCUUGGAGCACAGCCUCAACCAUAGUAUGGUGCUUACACAGAGUUUGCAGCUGCAGGUGGAGGAGAACAGCAAGCAGUUGGCUGGGAUGAAGGAGACGGUGGCAAACCAGAGUGGGGCCAGCAACCCAGGGUCUCAGCAACUGGAGAACAUCUGGGCGCAGAUCCAGCAGCUGCUGGAAGAGAAGGCUGCCAUGCAGGAACGAGUGAGCAAUGCACUGCACAGCAUCGCUGACCAGAGGAGAGAGCUGAAGGGCAGGACCUCCAAGCUGAAAGCAACUAUUGAUACUCUUCAGGGCCAUGUGACACGAGUGGAGCUGGGCACAGCCAAUCUGAAUGCACAGCUGACUGCUGCUGUAGAGCAGCAGCUGCUGGGUCUGAAGCUUAGCAUGGACAAGCUGGAGAGCAGCCUGGGGACCAGAUUCCAGCAAUGUCUUUCCGGAGAAGUGCGGACCCACUGUGAGAUGGAGGACGGCUGUGGGUGGCCACACCUGCGUGAGGUCAGCUUUCCCCGCCGUGUUCUGACGCAGCCUGCAAUCAUGCUGGGGUUGGCAGGGCUGAGUGCUCAUGGCUCUGUGGGCGUCUCCGUGAGAGCCGUGGAUGUCACAGAUUCUGGCUUCAAAAUACACAUCACCAAUGUGGGCAACCACAGCCUGUCCAGUGUGAGGGUCUCCUGGAUUCUGUGCGCAUAGACCAAAACCUUUUGACGUGGCCUGUGGAGCAAGAAGUCAAUGCAUGGGGGUGCAGGCAACUGUAUGGAAGUGACUGUAGUUUUGCUUUGGUUUUUCCAUAACAUAGUCGUAAGGAGCCCUUCUGGGUAGGAUCCAAAUUAUAGCCCCUCUUAGGAGCUACCUGUUCUCCAAGAGUGGCAGGCAGCACAGCCCUAGACCUUGGUGAAGAUCGUACAAGUGCUAAUGGCAAAAGCCGAGGCUUAAACUUGCAAACAUAAGUCCUAAUAUAUGCUUAUCUGCAGGAGGUGUUUUGUGUGUGCAUUUACCCACUCUGCAUCUACAGGUGUAAGGAUUGUUCAUGUAAAAGGUGCACACUGGUUAACUGGGGGGAAGCUGAGACCUGUGCCCAGCAAUUUAGUGAUUAAGCUCUUUCCUUUACAUUGUUUUUAUAUUCUCUAUAGCAAUGUUUCUGGAGUGUCUUGUUGCCACCUUAGGAUGCGACUCAGGGUUUGGUAUCUUUGUGCUUAAACUCAUUUGUGCAGUGACAGAGCUAACAGCUGGGUGGAGCCCAAAUACCAAAGGCUGACUCUUUCUACUGUUGCAGUGCCCUGGCUGAAUCCAUUUCUCCUGCUCAGCAGAGGGCACUCCUAGUCAGAGCUGUUGCCUUGUCAGCCCUGAGUCUCUCUGGAGAAGAGGUGGCUGGUCAUGCUAAGCUUUCUGACAGUGUUUGUAAGUCGAUUUAAGAUCAUUGAUCCCCUUCUCUGUGCAGUGAAACAUGAAUGUAGACUAUGACAAA